AUGGAGAGCAGCAUGGAUAGCUCGAGAAAUGUCAGAAGAACUAAAGAGGAGAGAAAACUACUCCGAAGACAGAUUAAAGCCAGUCACACAUUACUGAAGCACGAGGACAUAACCACAGUAUCACAUCCCUCAAAGCAUCUGGUGGUUUCUAAUGGCGGUUUGGGGAAUGGAGUGACCCGAGAGUCUCUACUGGAGGUUCUUAAAGAAGGAGGAACUGUUGAGUCUCUCCUCACCCCUCCAUCAAAACCAUAUGCCUUUGUGUCAUAUUCAUCAAUCGAAGCUGGCCAGAACGCAUACACACUUCUGAAUGGACGAACACUACGGUGUCAGGAUCAAACUGUGACACUUUAUUUCAGCUAUGUUGUGAAAGUGGACUGUGACAGGAGUGUGUCCUGUGCUUUGCCUCCUGGUUUGUCUGUAUUGGAGGAUUUUGUGUCUUUGGAGGAGGAGCUGCAGCUUCUGAAGGCUGUUGAUUGGACACCACACACUGAUGAUGUCACUGUGCAGAAAGCUUUGAAACACAGAAGAGUGAAGCAUUAUGGUUACGAGUUUCGCUAUGAUAAUAAUAAUGUGGACAAAGACAAGCCAUUGCCAGGUGGCUUGCCGGUGGAAUGUGAUGCUUUACUACAAAGAUGUUUGGCUGGCGGCCAUAUAAGUGUCCUUCCAGACCAGCUCACUGUAAACCAAUACCAAAGCGGACAAGGGAUUCCCCCUCAUGUGGACACUCACUCUCCUUUUGAGGACACCAUCCUUUCCUUGAGUCUCGGUGCAAAGACAGUCAUGGACUUUAAGCAUCCUGACGGACGUUCUGUCGCUGUGGUGCUGCCAGAGAGAAGUCUGCUUGUGAUGAAAGGAGAGAGCCGCUAUCUGUGGACUCACGGCAUAACACCUCGGAAGUUUGAUGUGGUACCUGUGUCGGAGACUGGAGGAUCAGGGGUCACGACUUCUGACUUGAGUAAUCUGACCCUGAGCCGGCGUGAUACCAGGACAUCGCUGACUUUCCGCAAAAUACGGCAUACUCCCUGCAACUGUGCUUAUCCGUCUGUAUGUGACAGCCAGCGGCCACCAUCUCCCCCCGCUGUGCCUGUAGCUGAAGGAGAUGCAUGUCGUUUGGAGUCACAGUACGUUCAUCAGGUUUAUGAAGAGAUUUCCUCCCACUUCAGCAACACACGACACUCGCCGUGGCCCCAGGUGCGAGACUUCCUGUUGUCUAUUCCACCUGGUAGUUUUCUGGCAGAUGUCGGAUGCGGCAAUGGCAAAUACCUGGGGAUCAAUCCUGCAGUGAGGGCGGUGGGCUGUGACCGCAGUGUUAAUCUGGUUCAGAUCUGCAUUGAGCGAGGGUACGAGGCGUUUGUGUCCGAUGCGCUGUCUGUCCCCCUGCGCAGCGGCAGCUGUGAUGCCUGCAUCUCCAUUGCCGUCAUCCAUCAUUUCGCCACCCAGGAGAGAAGACGAGCUGCUAUCAGAGAGCUGAUCCGGUUAAUAAAGGUAGGAGGAAGAGCUCUAAUCUACGUUUGGGCCAUGGAGCAAGAAUACAACAAACAAAAAUCUAAAUAUCUGAAAGAAAAAGCAUCUGGAACUAGCAGGGAUGAUGGCGAGGAGCUUAAAACUGAAGAAAAUAAGGCAAACCAACAGGAGGAACACGAUAGAAAAAUGACUUCAGACAUUCAGUGCACAGGUUUUAGUAAUGUGACGCAACCGAAAAUACAUGUCCACACUAAUCGAACAGCUUUCCUGUCCCAGGACCUCCUGGUGCCGUGGCAUUUAAAAAGUAUUAUGGAGAAUAAGAAGGGAGCAACGAGUGACAAUGCAGAUGUCCCUGUGGAAAACGCAACUCAGAAGCCUGUAUUUCACCGCUAUUAUCAUGUCUUCCAGCAGGGAGAGCUGGAGGAGCUGUGUUUGGGGGUAAAAGGAGUAAAAGUGCUCAGGAGUUACCAUGAUCAGGGUAACUGGUGUGUGGAACUGGAAAAGACGCAUGGUAUCUUUUCAAAUAUUGCACCGGGAAAAUGAAAAGUUCUAUUUUCUUUAAUAAAUGACAGGCUAAAAUGUACAUUUUAAUAUUAAUUUGAAAUGUUUUAAUGCACGCAAUGAUGGCUAAUAAAUGACAACAGCAGAAUAAUGACAAUGUUGAGCGUUUUUAUAAAACAGUGCAACAUGUACAAAACCUACUUUAUUGCUCUUCAAAUAAUUUAGUAAGGUCUGCAAUACAUUAAUUGAUGUGACUUCUUACAGUUAUACACUUUUUCUUGCAGUUGUAAAUUUGUCUUACUGUUCUGACUUUUUAACCCCUUCGGAUCCAGUGUCCAUUACAAUGGACAUCACAUCAGCCCAUGUUUUUUGUGGUUCCUGAACAUUUCAUCUAAUCUAAAGCCUGCAGUCCAUGAGAGUGGACGAUUGUCACCAAUCAAAUGGCAGUAAGGCUCGGCAUGUUGUAAAUUGAAUAAAUACACAACACUACCUGACAAACACUCGACUAUCCAGGUUUUAGGAACAACAAAUAAUAACUUGACUUCUAGUUGAUCAUUUGGUAUCAUCAAUGGCUUAUAUGAAAGGCAAAGGGCUCUAGAUCAGUGUAUCCCAACCCUGUUCCUGGAGGCACACCAACAGUACGUAUUUUGGAAGUCUCCCUUAUCUGACCCAUUCGUUUCAGGUUUCCGAGUCUCUUCUAAUUAUCUGAUGAUUUGAUUCAGGUGUGUUUGAAUAGGAAGAGGUUGAAAAUGUGUACUGUUUGUGUGCCUUCAGGAACAGGGUUGGGAAAAACUGCUCUAGAUGAUACUUAUUUUACCAAAAUAAAAUAUGAUCAUGCCUUGAUUUUUAAUUAUUUAAUUAGGACAGUAAGGUCUGACUUUGCUUAGACAAAAGUCUUGUCACUUAACAGAAAUAAUGUUCAGUAUAGAAUAUAAAGUCAUGGUGCAGUGGAAAAAGAAUUAAUAUUGUGUAUGACUCCCAUGAGCUUGGAGGACUGCAUCCACACAUCUCUGCAAUGACUCAAAUAACUAAUUAAUAAAGUC